GGUACGGUCGGCUAACUGAAGUGUAGAAUUAGGAGGGUCACAGCACGUGAUUUUCGCGCUAUCGAUAACGUUAGCGUGAAUGUAUCCUUGCACGAAAAAACUGGCGCGAAACCUUCAACUCGACACUAUACGCAUUGAUAACACGCAUUACCAAGCAAAAAGAGAUGGCUUCAAUAUCAGAUUAUUCCUCCAGCGACGAAGAGAUGCUAGAGCAAAACGGUUCUAGGAAGAAGAGAAGGCUAUCACCGGUCGAAAAGCCAACGCAGCAACCACUGGCCACAACCUCGCGCAUCAAAGCAAAGCAAAUUACUGCGCCAUCACGUGUCCAAGAUGGAUCUGGAGCACCAGCAGUGUCGGAAAUAUCGAACGCUUCCGAGAGAGUCAGCUUUGCUUCCCUCAAUGUUUCCCCGUGGUUGGUCGCAUCACUCGCAUCCAUGGAAAUCAAAAAGCCCACCGGAAUCCAGAAAGAGUGCAUUCCUGAGAUAUUAAAAGGAAGAGAUUGUAUUGGAGGCUCACGUACCGGUACUGGUAAAACUGUUGCCUUUUCCGUACCUAUAUUGCAGAAAUGGUCGGAAGAUCCCUGCGGUAUCUUUGCCCUCAUGAUCACUCCCACCAGAGAGCUUGCUAUUCAAAUUUUUGAACAAGUGAAAGCCAUCGGCUCACGCCAGUCCGUCAAGGUCAUCUUAAUCACAGGAGGCGCAGACCAGCGCGAGCAAGCGUUACAGCUUGCAUCGCGUCCGCACGUAGUAAUAGCAACGCCCGGGCGUCUCGCAGAGCACAUUAAAACGUCUGGAGAAGAUACGAUCUGCGGCCUUAGAAGAGUCAAGUUUGUCGUAUUCGAUGAAGCGGAUCGUCUUCUCGCUCCCGGGAAAGGAUCCAUGCUUCCAGAUCUAGAGACAUGCCUUUCGAUUCUGCCACCACCGGAGCGACGGCAAACGCUAUUGUUCACUGCAACGGUGACACCUGAGGUUCUGGCUCUGAAAGAGAAACCGCGGACACCCGGCAAGCCGCCAAUAUUCGUGUGCGAGGUUGACACCGAGACACUUGCGAUCCCGCCGAAGCUGCAGCAGUUGUACAUCAUGACUCCGGUCACACACAAAGAGUGCUACCUGCACGUACUCCUCAGCACCCCAGAGAAUGUCAAGAAAUCCGUCAUCAUCUUCUGCAACCGAACAAAAACAGCCACACUCCUAGAAUACAUGCUCCGCCUCCUUGACCACCGCGUCACAGCCCUCCACUCCGGCCUCAAACAGGCCGAACGCGUCAGCAACCUUGCCCGCUUCCGCGCCCAAGCCGCCCGCAUCCUCGUCGCCACCGACGUCGCCGCCCGCGGUCUCGACAUCCCGGAAGUCGCCCUUGUAGUGAACUUCGACGUUCCGCGCGAUCCAGAUGACUACAUCCACCGGGUCGGUCGUACCGCGCGUGCUGGCAGGGUGGGCCACAGUGUCACGCUCGUUGGUCAGCGAGAUGUCGAUUUGAUUCAUGCUAUUGAGGAGCGUGUGGGCAAGGAGCUGGAGGAGUAUGAGGAGGAGGGUGUUAGUGUUGAGGGGAGGGUUGUGAGGGAGGCCCUGAAGCCGGUUACAGAGAAGAAGAGGGAGGCGUUGUUGCAGAUUGAGGAGGGGAGGGAUGUUUUGGGGAAGCGGAAGGUGGGAAUGCAGAAGAGGCGGUUGUGAGGAUGUUUUGUGAGAUGACGGGAGGGACGCAAACUCGCCUUGCGGUAUGGCAGAUUGAACAAGGGCCGGUCAAGGUUGUACUUGCAACUACGCCACUUGAGAAUGUAUGUUGCAUGGGCUCAGCUCCAAGAGAACUCCCUGUCUAUGGGUAGGUAACAACAAUUAUGAUGAUAAUCGCAGAGC